AUGACAACCCAUACUGUACCUGCUGGAAAUCAAAAUGCAGUUGAAAUGUCAAAGUUAUUAGUACUAAGUCUAUAUUUGGUUAAGAUGGUAGCUGGUCAUGGUAGACUGAUGGAACCUCCUGCAAGAAAUUCCAUGUGGCGGUUUGGAUUUCCUAAUCCUGUUAAUUACAAUGACAAUGAAUUAUUUUGUGGGGGGUACGCAGUGCAGUGGGAACAAAAUGAAGGUAAAUGUGGAAUCUGCGGAGACGCUUACCACAUCGAACAACCGAGACCGCACGAAGCUGGUGGUAUUUACGCUAAAGGAAUUAUCAGCAGACAUUUUAGUGUUGGACAAAAUAUUGAUAUCGAAAUCGAAUUAACAGCUAAUCACUACGGAAGAUUCGAGAUUCUGCUGUGUCCUAAUAAUAAUCCCAAGCAAGAAGCUACACAAAGUUGUUUUGAUAGGUUCCCUUUAUAUUUGAAUAAUAGAGAAAUAAGCUAUAUCAUCCCGGAAAAUGGGAAGAAGAAAGCAGUUUUUAGGUAUCAAGUUCGAUUACCCCCGUACAUAACUUGUACACAAUGCGUUCUACAAUGGACUUACUACACUGGUAAUCAGUGGGGGAUGUGCCCAAAUGGUACACAAGCUCAGGGUUGUGGAAAAUCGGAAACGUUCAGAAAUUGCGCCGACGUGGCGAUACAUUCUAGCACCGGGGGUGCUGUACCCCCAAUAUUUGUGGAAUCUUUGAAUCCGUAUCAGUUGUUUUAUAAAGAUCAUAGACGACCAGCACCUUACAAUGUAGUACCACUGGUGGUUCGAGAUCAAGUUUGUCUUCCUCAUGGCUUAUACAGAAUGAUUCCCGGUAUGGCGGAUUGGUGUCAGAAAAAUUGCUUGAAGUAUCCACCAAAUUGCCCAUUGAACAUUUGUACUUGCCCGAAUACUUGUGAAGCUGUCGGUGCUUAUAAAGGAAAUUUAGCUGCGGACGUUUUUUGUAUGGACAAGUGCAUAGUUUAUCCAAAUGAAAACUGCCCUUUAACAGACUGUUCUUGUUAUGAAGAAUGA